AACUGAAUCCAACGGCGACAAAACUUGGAUGCAGAGCGUCAUAGCAGCAAUGCCCAAUCUAAAACUCUCAAGAAACUCACACCUGCCAUUUGUAUUCAAACCAAAGCUCGUACCCGCCUCCAUUGACGACCCCGUCAAGCUUUUGAAGAAAGCAGCCGAUACCAAGAACUUACGAACAGGCAAAACAAUCCAUGCCCAUCUCAUCGUUUCCGGUGAACCUUCCAAAUCCGUUGAUAUAUUUCAAGCAAACUCUCUCGUCAACUUGUACGCAAAAUGUGAUCAAGUUUCAAUUGCGCGCCACCUGUUUGAUUGUUUGCCCAAGAGAAAUGUGGUUUCUUGGAGUGCCUUGAUGGCAGGGUAUUUACACAAUGGGAUGGCAUUGGAAGUUCUUGGCUUGUUCAAGACAAUGGUUUCGGUGGACGGGUUGUGCCCGAAUGAAUACAUUUUUGCCACUGUUCUUUCCUCUUGUUCUGGCAGUGGGAGAGUUGAAGAGGGGAAGCAGUGUCAUGGCUAUGUGUUGAAGUCCGGGUUGCUGUCUUAUGAGUAUGUUAAGAAUGCACUUGUUCACAUGUAUUCGAGUUGUUCGGAAAUGGAAUCGGCUAUGAGGGUUUUGAACACUGUGCCAGGUGGUGAUAUCCUUUCGUAUAAUUCAGUUAUAAAUGGGCUUUUAGAACAUGGGCAUGUAAGAGAAGCAAUGGAAAUGUUAGGCAUGAUGGCAAGCCAGUGCAUGGAUUGGGAUAGUGUUACAUACAUUACUGUUUUUGGCCUUUGCGCCCAUCUUAAGGAUUUAAGAUUGGGUUUGCAAGUUCACGGACAAAUGUUGAAGAAUGAUAUAAAGUGUGAUGUUUUUCUUAGCAGUGCAAUGAUUGACAUGUACGGGAAAUGUGGUAAGGUUUUGAACGCAGCGAAAGUUUUUGAUCGCUUGCAAGAACGGAACAUAGUCUCUUGGACGGCAAUCAUGGCUGGUUAUUUCCAAAAUGGGUAUUUUGAGGAUGCAUUAGGUGUAUUGUCGAAAAUGGGAAAUGAAGACAUUCUUCCAAAUGAAUAUACUUUUGCUGUCUUGCUUAACUCGAGUGCAGGUUUGUCAGCGCUAAGACAGGGAGACCUACUACACACCUGUGUUGAGAAGUCGGGUUUCAAGGACUAUGUCAUUGUUGGGAAUGCUUUGAUCAAUAUGUAUUCCAAGUGUGGCAACAUUCAAGCAGCAAAUGAAGUUUUCUUGGAUAUGACAUGUCGAGACUCUGUUACCUGGAAUGCAAUGAUAUCUGGAUUCUCCCAUCAUGGGCUUGGCAAGGAAGCGCUAAAUGUGUUUCAAGACAUGUUGGCGGCAGGAGAAUGUCCUAACAAUAUUACUUUUGUAGGGGUUCUCUCUGCUUGCGCGAGUUUGGGUUUGGUGCAGGAAGGAUUCUACUAUUUGAACCAGUUAAUGAAACAGAUUGGCAUUGAACCUGGCCUAGAGCACCAUACUUGUAUUGUGGGGCUCCUCAGCAGGUCUGGACAACUUGAUCAAGCUGAGAAAUAUAUGAGGACUAUGCCAGUCAAGUGGGACAUUGUUGCCUGGCGAACUUUGCUCAAUGCUUGUCAUGUACAUAGGAAUUACGCUUUAGGUAAGCAAGUAGCAGAGGUUGUUGUGCAAAUGAACCCCAAUGAUGUGGGAACAUAUACGCUAUUGUCAAAUAUGUAUGCCAAGGCAAGGAGGUGGGAUGGAGUUGUGAAGAUUCGGAAAUUGAUGAGGGAAAGAAACAUCAAGAAAGAACCUGGGGUGAGCUGGGUGGAGAUAAGAAAUACUACCCAUAUCUUUGUUUCGGAUGAUAACAUGCAUCCAGAGUCCAGUCAGAUACAUGAAAAGGUCGGGGAAUUGUUGGCCAAGAUUAAACCAUUGGGAUAUGUACCAGAUAUUGCUGCAGUACUACAUGAUGUGGAGGAUGAGCAGAAGGAAGAUUAUCUUAGUUAUCACAGUGAGAAGUUGGCUAUAGCAUAUGGCCUCAUGAAAACGCCUACAAAUGCACCCAUUCGUGUUAUUAAGAACCUGAGGAUAUGCGAUGAUUGCCAUGCUGCCGUGAAACUUAUUUCAAAAGUCACAAACAGGUUGAUAAUUGUUAGAGAUGCCAAUAGAUUCCACCAAUUUCAGGAUGGGAGAUGUUCUUGUGCUGAUUACUGGUGAUAACGGUGAAACCUUUAAUCAAAGUGGAUUACCACAGAAGAAACAUCUUAUGUGUCAUAGAGAUUACUCCAUGACAACCUAAGCAUUCUGAGCUUUCUUUGCAGAGGUCCAUGCUAUGUGAAUAAAUCGGUUUCACAUAUAAAUUGGGAACUAAUCUUUUUUGCACUCAGACGAUCAUCUAUCAGAAUUGGAGCUCAGGUACUUUGUUUUAUUUAAGGGAACUUUAACGAAAAGUUUUCGGUACUAUUCACUUUAACGAAAAACCAUAUUUUUACACUAAAAAGUCAAUCUUGAUACCAUUCACUUUACCCUU